AUGGAAAAGAAGGAGCAUGUUAUAAUUGAUGCCACUGGACAAGUGGCAGGAAAGCUUGCAGCAAAAGUUGCCAAGCUCCUUCUUGAAGGAGUUCAUGUGAGUGUUGUCUGCUGCGAGGAGGCAGUGUUUAUGGGAAGUCUAAAGAGAUCUAUGGAUAAGUUCAAGGCAUACCUUAACAAAAGAUGCAUUGUUAAUCCAAGAAGAGGGCCAUUCCACUUCCGCGAGCCAAGGAUGCAUCUUGCAAAGAUAAUAAGAAGGAUGAUUUCCUAUAAGAAGGUCAGGGGAAAGACUGCAUUGAGUAAGCUUGCAACCUACGAAGGGAUCCCAAGAGAGCUUGAGGGGUUACCAAGGCAGAAGGUGACCUGUGCAUUGGUCAAGUAUGCAGGAAGGCCUAAUAACCAUGUCACCCUCGGGAAGCUCCUAAGCAUGUUUGGAUGGAAGCAUGCAGAGGCAGCCAAAAGAAUAACGGGAGAGUUGAGAGAAAGAGAAAGGCAGAUGUCUCUAGAAAAAGAGGAGAUCUACAGGAAGAGGGAGAAGAUUAAGAAAGACAAGUCCUUUGAAGACGAGGUAAACAAGAAGCUAGCUACGUUUGCAUGA